GCGCAUACUGCAUCUCCAGUGUGUGUGAGGGAGACAGGCCGUGUUCCUGUCAGACAGCAUCCACACCCCCAGCCUGCAGCACCAGGACACUCCGCGGAGAGAGUGCCUUGCUCCAGGGCUGCGGGCAGAGAUGGCGUCCUGAUGCCGGUGAAUACGCAGAAAAACGGAACAGAGGGAGGGGAAAGAGAUGCGGGCAGAUGAUGAGAAGCUGCAUCAUUUCCAGCAUCACUUGGCAGAAGAUGACUCUCUCCUCGAUGAUGGCAGCGCUCUGAGGAUAUCCAGCCCUCAGAUGUUUAUUGUUGAUGAUAUUUGAAGCGGCGCUGUGAUUCCUCGGAGGGAGGCGGUGGGGGUUUGCUGUCUACCUCAGCUGUUUCUCCCUCCGGCGGGGCUCUCUGCUCAUCCGACGCAGGGCGGAGAGGGCAGAGGGAGGGAGAGAGGGGCGAUGGCUGCCGGAGGAGCGGGAUGCGGGGACACGGUGGAGCAAUGCCGAGCCGAGGUAGAGCGCCUCAGCCGGGAGCUGGCGGAGGCCAACCGCGAGAAGAUCCGGGCGGCGGAGUGCGGACUGGUGGUUCUGGAGGAGAACCAGAGCCUGAAGCAGCAGUACGCAGACCUGGAGGCCGAGCAGGAGGCUCUGAGGCUGGAGCUGGAGCAGCUGCAGGAGGCAUUUGGCCAGGCCUAUUCCACCCAGCGUAAGGUAGCAGAGGAUGGGGAGACUAAUGAAGAGACACUGCUGCAAGAGUCUGCCACCAAGGAGGCCUACUACAUGGGCCGUCUCCUGGAGCUCCAGUCUGAGCUGAAGCACAGCAGGGCCACCGCCUCCAAUGCUCAGGCCGACAGCGAGCACCUGAGCACCGUGCUGCAGGAGCUCAGAGAGAGUAAUGAGAUGUUGGAGCUGCAGCGGAGCCGGAUGCGAGAAGAGAUCAGGGAGUACAAGUUUCGGGAGUCACGGCUACUCCAGGAUUACUCUGAGCUGGAGGAGGAGAACAUCUCUCUGCAGAAACUGGUGUCAACGCUCAAACAGAAUCAGGUGGAGUACGAAGGCCUGAAGCACGAGAUUAAGGUCCUGGAGGAGGAGAGGGAGCUCCUCAACAGCCAGUUACAGGAUGCACUGCGUUUGAAGGACAUGUCGGAUGCCCAGCUGGAGGAGUCGCUGGAGUCUCUGAAGACUGAACGCGAGCAGAAGAACCACCUGCGCAGAGAGCUGGUCCACCAUCUCAGCAUGUGUGACGUGGCCUACACUGGCAGUGCACACCUAAUGUUCAGCUCUGCUCCACCAAGUGGCACUGCCACCCCAACUACUCUGCUCUCCCCAACCACAGAGGACCCAACAAGGUGUAACGGCCACCUCCAGGGUGGGAUGGGAGCAGGAACGGCUGCAGGGUCAGUGUCCAGGGCUAAUGGAGAGUGCCGAGGGCCGAGCCGAAAAGCUGAGGGGGCAGCGACAUCAGACCUCUUUAGUGAGAUGAACCUGACUGAGAUUCAGAAGCUCAGGCAGCAACUGAUGACGGUUGAACGUGAGAAAGCAGCAUUAAUGACAAGCCUUCAGGAGUCCAAGACUCAACUCCAACACACACAAGGGGCCCUGACAGAGCAGCAUGAGAAGGCCCUGCGCCUUAGCCACAAAGUCACUGUCCUCCGCCGCCUGCAUCGAAGGGUUAGCCUUGAGGCCCAUAGCAGUGCUACCACUCAGCUCCACGCUGAAACCCUGAUGGAGCUGGACAGAGACGAGGAGAUUGAAGAGGAAGGGGAAACUGAGGAGGAUAAGAGUGAAGAACUGAACAGACGUCGGGUAUUUUCAUACCAAACUCCAGGUCUGGAGAUUCUUCAGUGCAAAUACCGUGUGGCUGUAACAGAGGUGGUGGAGCUCAAAGCAGAGAUGAAAGCCCUCAGAGAAAAGCUGGCUCAGUGUGUGGAAGGAGCAACGGAGGAGAAACCAAGGCGAAAUAGUCAGUUCCAAAGGCUGGAGAGACACGUUGCCUCUUUGGAGAAGAGCUGCCGGGAAGGCCGGGAGAAGAUUUCUGCCCUGGAGUUGAAGCUGCAGACAGCCCAGUCAGCAGCCAGUGAGAGCCAGGGGGCAUUGAAUGCAGCUCAGGAUGAGCUGGUGACCCUGAGUGAGGAACUUGCCCAGCUCUACCACCACGUCUGCCUGUGCAACAACGAGACGCCCAACCGUGUCAUGCUGGACUACUACAGACAAGGCAGGGGGCUCAGGGGCCUCAGUGCCAGUCUCAAAGCCAUGUCUUCGGACAACAGCAAAGUUCUCCUCACACCACGCCUAGCCAGGCGGCUGGCCGCUGUCUCUUCAACAACCUCAACUCCUGGGGAAUCACGGAGCCCCUCUGAGUCUCCAUCCAAAGAGCCUCUCUCUGCAGAGGCAGUAAGAGAGGAGAAGGAGGUAGACAGGGAGGGCCUUCAGGUGCCACCUGAGACGAGCUUGCCACCCUGCACACCUCCUACCCGUUCACCCAGCAUCAGUGCCUCUUCAUCAUCGUCAUCGUCAUCAUCAUCACCUGCCCUGGAGCCUGCCGGUGAGCUCCGCAGGGAGCCCAUGAACAUUUACAACCUCAACGCCAUCAUCAGAGACCAGGUGAAGCACCUGCAGCGGGCAGUAGACAGGUCCCUGCAGCUGUCCAGACAGAGAGCUGCAGCCCGGGAACUGGCCCCUCUGCUGGACAAGGACAAGGAGAGCUGCAUGGAGGAAAUCCUGAAGCUCAAAUCUUUACUCAGCACCAAGAGAGAGCAGAUAGCCACCCUCAGACUGGUACUUAAGGCCAACAAACAGACGGCAGAGGUGGCUCUGGCCAACCUGAAGAGUAAGUAUGAGGCAGAGAAAUCCAUGGUGACCGACACCAUGACAAAGCUAAGGAAUGAGCUCAAGGCCUUGAAGGAGGACGCUGCCACUUUCUCCUCUCUCCGAGCAAUGUUUGCCACCAGGUGUGACGAGUAUGUGACCCAGCUAGAUGAGAUGCAGAGGCAGCUGGCUGCAGCCGAGGAUGAAAAGAAGACUCUGAACUCACUCCUGCGGAUGGCCAUCCAGCAGAAACUGGCCCUCACGCAACGCCUGGAGGAUCUGGCCUUUGAUCAAGAGCAGUCCCAUCGUACCCGGGGCAGGGUGACCCGCGGGAAGACCAGCACCCCCAAAGUAAGUCCCCCAGCUUCGGCUUCAGCAUCCAACCAAGCCCAAAGCUCCACUUCAGCUUUGGCCCCUGGCAGCCUCCCCCCUUCUACCCUCACUAGUCCUACGUCAUUUCUUCUCGAUGAUCCCUCUGCCCCCCUUUCUCCCUCUGUGGUCAGUGCCGCUGCUGCAGCUCUGGCCUCAGCUCUCACCUCCCCCACAUCUCAUAUACCUGCUCGCAGUCCAUCAUCACUAUCGGUCGCCUCGCUGUCUGGCCCUUCGGUGCCAGAGACACCCCCCUCUCUGGAGGCCGCCUCUUCUCCCUCGACGCAAACCCAACAAUCAACUCCCCUGAGGCCGGCUAGCUCCCAGUGGACCCUGGGGGUACGAACGUUUGUGGUUGACUCCCACAGUUUCAGUGUCAACCUCUCCUCUGCUCUGCCCCGUAGCUCAGACCUCUCCAGGCACUGCACCUCAGACAUUCACAGCUCUCCCUCCUCCACCACCACAAGGCUCACUCAGCCAGGAUCAGCCCCCUCCUCUCCCUAUCGCUCCCCUAUUCUGGGGCUAAGGCGCUCCACAUGGAGCCCUUCUGCCCGAACUCGGCCCCUGUCCAGCAUGACACGCUCCUCUGUCCUCCACACUUCUUCCUCAUCCUCCCCUUACUCUUCCUCUUACUCCCCCUCUUCCUCACACAGCUACUCCUCUGUCUACCACAGCUCCUCUCCUGCUUUCAGCCCAUCGAGCUCCUACCUCACCUCUGGCUCGUCAUCCUCCUACAGCCACUCCACUCACUACACACCCCUCUACCCCAGAUACUACAGUUCUUACCGGCCCCGGGAAUGACCCUCUGCUGUAAGUCCUUUACUGUGAGCCUUCAGGGCUUCCCCACUGAGCUCCUUAUUGACACUAAAACUGCAAUUCCCAUCACCUUUCUCUUUGUGUCAUCUGAGAGAGUAGGGGCUCACAGAGUGGAGGACAGAGUGGUUUCCUGUUUCCCAGUUCUUGUUUUCCUGUGCCUAAGCCUUGGCUAAUGGGUUCUGAAGUUCAGUGACUUUGCUCAGGGAUUUGUCAUAAGGAGCACAAGUGGCCCCGCCUUCCUUUUAUUCUGAGACUGCUGACUGGUCCACAGGAGGACAUUAAUAGAGGAUUUUUAAUGGGCGUUUUUAGCAUUUAGGUUCUUCAGGUUGAGACUACAGAUGCAUGAAGCGAUUCAAAACACAGAAACAUUGAGAUAUUGACUGGACACUUGACAGACACUCAUAAGUUCAAAUGGGGGUCAUGACAUAUUAUAUACCAUCCUCUAUAUUCAAUGUAAUAUCCACACUGUCUUAAAUGGUAGUGAGUCACAUAUGAUGUAUACACAAACACUGUAAACCACAUGCAAGCAUUCUCUUUUGUUUUUGGAAGUUUAAGGAUUCAGUAUGAUUCAAACAAGGGUGAGACACAUCGAUGGCACAAAUGAUAAUGCACACUUUCUGAGAAUUUCUUCUCAAUGUCAUUCAUAGAAUCUCACUCUGUGAUGGUAGCAGUUGUGAGGGGAAUAGAAAGUGGUAGCCCACAAUUUUUUUGCACAGCUGGCCAAUCACUGCAACUUAGUUGGCUUGCUGGACUGUUGUCUCAAAAAUGUACACAACUCACAGGACAUGAGGGCAGGGUGCUUGACUAGUGCUGUUUGGAGCAUACUGACUCCUGUAGUGUUUCAGUAUUUAUUUCACCCUAUAGUAUCUUAUAGGAACACACACAGCUUGUAUAGACAACUGUGAAUGAAGAAUAAUGGACUGCUUGCUGUUGUGCGUUUUCCAUCACGGAGGACGUUUCCAUCACUAAAGGAAUACAUCAGUGCACCCCAGACUGUAGUUUGUUCUUCAUCCAGGGUUGUUACAGCAUGCUACUGUCAUCAGCUCAACCUUUAGCAAGUUCUGUCCAUCUCCAGCACCAUCCAGUGGUUGAUUUAUAUAUAGCCAUAUACUCUGCUAUGCAUGUUCAUGUUUGGAUGCUCUUAUAGUGCAGACUUCCUUCCCAUUCCAUAUGAAAACUUGAUCUGAUAGCAGUGUUGGCUGUAUGGAAGCAGAGAAGACCUUAUGAGAAGGAGGAAGUAGAUGAGACAGAGCACUCAAACAGGACAUAUGACCAGUGUAUGAUCAGUUGAAUCCAUAUUCAAGUCAUUGUACAGGGAAGCAAUAUGACUUGGAGUUGGCUUUGGGGUGUAUCUCAGUGGUCUGAGUUUCUCUCUCAUUUCAUUUCCAAAACCACUGAUAUAUAAAACACUGCAGUAUUUAUAAAUUGUGCUACUACAGUCCCUGACGAAAGUCUUGUCAUUUAUCUUAAGUUGUUGGAACAACAAAUAACAACUUGACUUGACUGAUCAAUUGAAAUCAGAAAUGGCUCAUAUAAAUGGCAAUGCUCUCUAGAUUAUAUUUAUUAUACUAAAAGAAAGUUUUGUAUCAUUCAUUGAGUUUUAUCAUUUAAUUAGGACAGAAAGGUCAGAUUUUGCUUGGACAAAAGUCUUGUCACACACAAAAAUAAUGUUGAAAUUAUACAUAUACUUUAUUUUGAAUACACAAAUAUGCUAUAAAAACAUCAGAACAUUAAGUCAUGGUGUCUUGCAAAGAAGAAUUAAUAUUGUGUAUGACUUCCAGAGCUUGGAGGACUGCAUCCAUACGUCUCAUCAAUGACUCAAAUAACUUAUUUAUGAAGUCAUCUGAAAUGACAAAGAUAACAGUCUUGCAGGGCUUCCAGAGUGCAUCAAGAUUCUUCGGUUUCAUCUUCCAAGCCUUCUCCUUCAUUUUACCCCAGACAUGCUCAAUAAUGUUCAUGUCUGGUGACUGAGCUGGCCAAUCCUGGAGCUCCUGGACCUUCUUUGCUUUCAGGAACUUUGAUGUGGAGGCUGAAGUAUGAGAAGGAACGCCAUUCUGCUGCAGGAUUUGCCCUCUCUUAUAGUUUGGGAUGUAAUGGGCAGCAAGAAUGUCUUGAUACUUCAGGCUGUUGAUGUUUCCAUCCACUCUGCAGAGCUCUCGUACACCCCAUACCGGAUGUAACCCCAAACCAUGAUUUUUCUUUCACCAAACUUGACUGUUUUCUUGGUGAAUCUUGGGUCAGUGUGGCUUCUGCAGGAUUUGCGUUGAUUGGGAUGCAGUUCAAUGGAUGAUCCAUCAGAAAAAUCAACCUUCUGUCACUUUUUAUUGUCCAUCCUUCCUGCAAGCUGUGGACCUUGACAAAUGCAACACAUUUUUUUUUGUUAUCUUCUGUUUAAUGCUGGUUUCUGUGCACUAAUUUGACCAUGGAGAACACCGUUUGAGAGAAUUCAACAAACUGUUCUUGAAGAUACAGGGAUUUCUGGCAACCAGUUCACGUGUAACUCUGUUGCAGUUGAAAAAGGGCUGGCCCUGGACUGUCGAAGCAACAACUACUCUUCUCUAACAGGUGUCUGCCUGACCUGGGCUUGUCAUAAAUGUCACCAGUUUCUUCAGAUCUUUUUCUUAUCCUCUCUACUUGACAUUUGGAUGCAUUAAAGCUGUCUGCCACCUCAGCAGCAGACUUGGUCUUCAGGCUCUUGAUGAUCAGUACUUUGGUCUGUGGUUGGAUCUUUGGCAUGCUGUCGGGGUCAGGUUGGGCUUCAUAUGAAAGUCUUGUGUCUUGGGUUUCUUUUUAUACACACCUGGGAAUGUGUCAGUUACAGUAUUUGUCACAGGUGAACUUCUAAUCUGUGAUUGGUUGAAUCAUUUAAAGACAUGACAAGACUUUUGUCCUUGCAAAAACAGAUGUUAUGGGCUUUACCAACAUCAGGACACUUUGACAGGUUCAGUUUGCACCCAGUUAUUAAUGUGAAAGCCCUUAACAUUAAAAUGAACCAUUUUUUGUGAGAACAGAUUGAUUAGAAAUAAAGUUAUAUGCCAUUUAAAGUUACUAUAGCCUUAUACAAGACUUUUGUCAGGGACCGUAUGGCCAUUAAAUCUAAAACCUUAUGCAAACUGGUCUAUUGCUAAAUUUUGGACUCCAAAAUACAGAUGAACAAUUUUAGGGGAAAAUCUAUUUGUGAUUUUUCUGACAGAUAUUGUGAUAUGAGUUCUGAUUCACUUCAAUAUUUAUUGUGUGAUGAGAUACCACCAAAAUGGAUGGAUGGCAUUAUUUUUUUAAACCACUGACACAACAGGUUAAACUGGGGAUCAGAAAUCAAUUAAUGGUUCAGCUCCACCCAAAACAAUACGAGGAACUGAUGCAACAAACAGGUGAUUCAAAUAAAGUGAGACCACAUGAUUGUUUGCCUUAAUAUCUUUCUAUUCCAUCACUAACAAGGAAGAGAAGAGAUUAAAGACUAUUGGGAUUCUCUUGACUGAUAGAUACAACAUGUAGCAUGUGAAAGCUUGUUCAUGGCAUUGCACCAAACUCAGGGAAUGUUAUAAAUUUCAUUUAACCUGUAAUGAAUCAGCAACCACACCAGAACCACCAUCAGCAUUAUGAUAUCAUUAUGAGAACAGAAUCCCCAAAUGAGACAGAGACUCAGAGUUAAGCUUUAGUCAGUCAUGGAAAUCUGAAAUUUGAAGAAAUAUGUUCAUGUUAUCUUGAGUCACAUGAGAAGAAUAUCUAUUUCAUCGUGGGUUGUAUGUAGCCUAGCUUAGCACAGACACUGAGCAAUGACAGUACUUUCAGUGUGUCCCAUUUUUGUGGUGGUUUAUUGCCAUGUCAGAUCAUGUCCAAACAGUUCUUACCUCUGUCUGAAUUUGCUGAAUCCAAUUAAUACCAAUUAAAAUUGGAUACUGUGGAUGUAAUUACCAGUAUUUGCUGUUAGUUAGUUGACACUUCCAUUUUUUUCUGUCAUGUAGGAAAUAGUAGCUGUCAGAAAUUCCUGAUAUCACUCAUUCAGAAGGCUUUUGUGGAGGGUUUUUCUGACAGUGCUGUCUAAAUAAAGUAGAGUAGAUCCACAUAACUGAAAAUACACCUUUUAUUACGACUUUAUUGACCCCUUCUUUACCUGUCACCUCCAGUAUAUCCAUCUCUUGUGGUGGAAAGUUGAUGUUAAUCUUCUCAUUUGACCUGAGUUAACAGCAAACCUGUUUCUGAAAAUGUGCAAUGUACUUUAAACCAUUGAUCAUAGCUGAAACCAUACCAUUUUAGCACACAUGAUGCCGUAUUCCCUGUGUCUGUGUGUGCCUUAAAGUACUUACUAUUUACAGCACCUACACAGUGUAGCCUAAUAACAAAUGCCUGCUCUGGCUGAUUGUCACAAACCUUUCUGUCAAUGUGCUUCCUUUUUUUCAUUUUUACUCCUGUACCUCAGGCUUAAAUGCCAUUUCUUAUGUAUAGCUUGGGUUGUAUCAGUGGGAUGGCUAAUGCUUUGUCAGAUAAAGCUCAACUGUAAAUAGAUGUUUUUUUGUCUGGGUGAAUACAGACUUGGCAAGUACCCCUUCAACGAUCUUCGAAUGUACACUUUGUUUCUUUAUGCCUUUCCAUCACUGGGACCGUUGAUAACCACUUUUCUUCCUUUCUUUCUUUCUAAAUCUGUUGAUUCAGACUAUCACUAUUGUCUCUUGAUGACAGACUCUUGUGUAAUACUGUGGAUGAACAUAUUUUUUUGCCUACACACAGGUUUUCCAAUAUGCAGCAUGGGGCAAAAACUCAUUUGACAGGCACCCCUAUUUUCCAGAUUACUGAUUGGCUUAUCUGAGAGUUGUUCUUGCUAUACUACAGUUUGACAACAUAUUCUUGUUAUGUUUUUUUUAAAUAACUUACAACAUUGCAGAACAACAUCUGCAAUCUGACUUCACAUGACAUUUCAGUGACUCCUUAAUGGUUCAAUAACAAUUUAGAAAUAAAAAUAAGUUUCUCACCCUCAGUAAUGGACUGGAUUUCCGUUUACCAUCAGGUUCCAUCAUUCCUGCACAGUUGCCAUUUGAGGUGGUCCAUUUCUUUAAAGCCUAGCUUAAGGUGUGGUCUGAACUAAAAAUAAGAAAUGUACUUUAAUCCCCUUAUGUGGUGAAUAGUCCCCACUGUGGUAUGUAGUCACAUACCACAGUGUUUGACUACAAUUUAGGCUUUACUGCCAAACAUUUUCAAAAAAAUAUUUUGGUUUUAGAUUUUUGCAUGUGUUCUUUCCUCUCAGCAACUGGUUUCCAUAUAAUUUUUAAAUCAAUUACAUUUAAUUCAUGAGAAUGUUAGUUUGACACGUGCCACCUACCAAAACUAGACCAAGCACAUUGCCACAGCACUUCCUAUUGGUAGCGACCUCCCCCAGCAAGGCAAUGUGCCCUGCUACAUGGUAAAAAGUGCUCAGGAAUGGCUUGUGAAACAUAGUAAGGUGCACAAGGGGCUGAGCCAGCCUCCAAAUUUCCCAGAUCCACAGAUCCCAAUCUGAUGAAGCAUCCACAGGACGUGCUGGAACAAGUCUGAUUAACAGAUGUCCCACCCACAAACCCAAAGGAGCAGUGCCAGAGACCACAGGACUCCUCCAGUUAUUCCAUGUCCAUGACUCCACAGAUCAGAGCUUUUUGGCAGCAUGUGGGGGACCUACACAGUCUUGGGCAGGUGGCUUUAAUGUUGUGGUUGAUUCAUGGUCAGUGGUUCGGCAUUGCUGUCUUUUAACCAGGGAGCAGCUCAUAAUAUCUAUUACAAUAUUGUUAAAUCAAUAACACCUUUGACAGAAGGAAACGUUGUUGGAACAAUCAACUGAAGGUGUUAUUUAUCCUGUUUAUCAAGCAACAUCUCCUCUAUUAUAGAUAAUAUGAACCAUUUACACUCAGACACACAUACACACAUUUUUUUGUGCAACCCCUGAUUGGUUUUUACUUUACCAGUCAACUGAUCAGGUGCCGUAGCUAAUUGUUGUCCUGCAUCACAGACUAGUUAGAAAACCUUUAUUAUUUUUGUUUAUUUUUUCCACAUGUGAAGCAGAUUGUUAAAUAUAGAUAUUUAGUGAAAUCAAUCAAAACUAAUACAGAUUAUUUCCUAUUAUAGCUUCAGCACAGGAACUCUUCAGAACUUAAUUGGAACUGAGUUAAUAGGUUCAUCUGGCUAUCGGUGAUUUGGUGCUGCAGUGUGCUUAUUGCUGCCACUAGUGGCUGCAAUAAGGUAUAUUACAGCAAAAAAACGAAUACUGAAAGGUAGAAUACAGCAUAUAACAUCUAAAUCAGUCAAAAGAUUAGUAUUAUUUUAUUUAUUUCUUGAGUUCGGGCUUUCGGAUGUUUCCCUGCCUUAUAGAUCAGCAAGAGUGCAGUGUGAUGGGUUUAUAUUUGUAGUUUUAUAACUGUUACAAAUUUUAUGAGCUGCUCAGAGACAGAAAAGAUGACAUCCCUGGAGAAAAUGAUGCAGAACAUCAUGUCAGAACAAACUCUUGCAUUUUAUUUCAGUUGCAAUAACGUUGUGCAAAGCACUUCAAGUUCAUUUUAGUACAGAAAUCAUACAAAAAAAAGGCCACUUGGGAAACAGGAAAAUCCUUUAGAAAUGUAAAGCUGUCACAAAUUUAGGCAGGACCAGGCGUAAACUAACCAUGAUGUCACCCAUUGGUUUCAACGCCGAGAAAAUGAAGCCCGGAUUUAGCUACUUCCUGGUCGCCGUUUUGGAUUUUUUGGAGCCAGUGACGUAAAAAGCAUCAAACAGGCUGGACCGGAGAGCAACUAGGGGCAGGAUUGGCUGAAGAUUCUCUUAUCCUGCCCACAUUUUACCACAGAGGCUUCUGUUGCUGUCUAUCAAGUAUAGCCUGGCUCCGCCAACUUUAACGAUUUAUUUAAAAUUCAGUAUUGAUUUAUUUUAAGAUCGGCCACCUGAUCUCUCAUUUUCACCAUGAAAACUAACGGGAAAAAAAUCCUGAGCCGUAGAAAAUCAGUCUAUCAAAUUUUAUUUUUUCCAAAAAUGAAUUGGGGUCUAUGUAGAAAAAGCUUUUUGGAGCCAACCCUAGCGGACGGCGUGAUAUUGCAAGUUUUUGACACUUCCGGGUUGGCUUCAAUUCUGGAGCCAGAUGCUACGUCCACUAUAUAUACAGUCUAUGGGCAGGACUCGAGCAGAGAACCACCCUACCAAGGCAAAGGUGGAGUUAAAGGAGGUUUUAUUGUAGGGAAGGGGAUGGAGGUGGCGGAUGAUGAGCCGGAGUGUGUUCCAGAGGGGAUGGGAGUGAGUCCAGGUGAGAAGCGCUAGAGCUGGGGAUCGGCGGCCGUCGUGGUUCCGUGAGGGGAUCAGAGUGUGGCAGCGGAUGGUAUUGGGAUCCCUGGCGGCUAAGGAAGGCAAGGGGCGAAGAAUCAACGAGGAGGAGGACGUCGGGGGGAGAGAUGAGCCAAGCGUAGGUGAUACAGGAAGGCACGAACCAAGAACUGGGCCAGGAGGUGACAGGUGGGUUCGGAGGCACUGGGGGGGGGGCGGCAGGAGGGGUUCCGGAGGGGACUCGGUCCAGGAGGGGACUCGGUCCAGGAGGGAUUCUGGUGGGGCACGACAGACGGAGGUCCGGACAGCUGGUUCUGAUGAGGCAGAGAAGAGAGACAGAGUUAGGUGCUGAAUAACACUCACAUAGAAACAUGCAGGCUAGAGAGCGACUGACUGAAUACGUCAAGUACAACAAUCUGGCAGGGUGUGGAAGGAAGAGCCGCUCUUUAUCGAGGUUGGUGUAAUUAGUGGAAUGAUCUCCAGCUGUCCAGACUCCAGGAGGCGACUGGUUGCCUGAGUGGAGGCAGCCGAGUGGCCACACUCCACUCAGUGCAAUGCUGGGGAGAGAAGGAAAGAGAGCACGAGAGGAGAGAGGAAGGGGGGAGAUAGAUGGGGUGAGGGUUUUUGGAUGCCAGGUAGGAGUGGGGGUGAGGGGAGGGCCCUGACAAAAGUAGCAUUGUGAAUAAUGCUGCGGGUUUAUCAAGCAAAGUACUUUCCAUGUCAUGGCAUAUGACAGUGAUGAUCAACUGGCGGCCCGCGGGCCGAAUCCGGCCCGCCGAACCGUCCAAUCCAGCCCGCGACUGGAUUCCAAAAUUGUGAGGAUCAAAGAGAAAAUAUCAUGUGGUCCACACUAUUAAAGCAGUCAGUCCAGUCAUUAUUAAAGGAUCUGUUUUCCACAUCAACUUUUCGUUUCGUGGCCUUAGAGAGUGCCAUUUUACCCGUGUUAAGAGGCCUUUUCCUGUCACUUCUGCGGUGUUUCUUUUUCAAGUGCUCUGUGAAUAAAGUUGAUUUGAGAUGAGGCAAAAUAUCUCUAUCACUCCUAGUGGUUGACUGUGGUACAGGUGAUAGGAGCACUGACUCAUAAAGGCUAAAAAUGCCUUCAGUUUUGUAAUGAAAUGGAAAAAAUAUUAAAAAAAUAAACAUCAAAUAAUAAUGUUAUGCCAAAAUUCGAUUUUUAUUUAAUUUUUCUUUGAGGGUCCGGCCCCCAAAGUGACUGUCCGGUAAAAUUCUGGCCCUCUGGCAAAUAUAGUUGGUGACCCCUGGCAUAUGACAUUCAUUUACAUCUCAAAUUAUAUCUGCAAUUGUACUGGUGGACAAAAAAAUUAGGUGAAUCUAAAAUGUACUCAAAUAAAAGGAAUACUGUGAUCUGCUGAGGGUGUGACCUGUAUGUUGUUUGAGGUUAAAAAGGAAACCAGUGUGAUCUCCUCUCUGUGACUCCCCCACUCGUCAGAACACACACGCACUCAGUGACGCACACAUCUCCCUGUUCUAACAACCAACCAACCAUCAUAUGCAAAAACAAAUCAAUUACCUGUAUUUUACCUAAGAAGAAACAAAAUGAAGUCUGUCAGAUGAGGUUUUCUGCCCCAUGGUACUAGAACAGCAGUUGUGCUUUUUUUUGUAUGCUGUUUCACAGUAAUGUUGGCGUUUUCUCAGCUGGAACCACCAACCCAACUCCAGUUUGAUUAAUGUAUGAAUAGUCUGGAGUAAAUGAUACUGUCAAAAAUGUUUAAUGUUUUAAAUUAAUGUAAAGUAAAGCUAGAAAGACAUUUUACAAUGUAAACCUUAACAGACUGUCAGAAAAAACGUCAAUGCUUGCUAGAAUUGUUUUCCUCAAAAAUUGCCAUUAUUGAUUUGAAGCCAGUGGUCCUUUAACUGGAUGCUAAAUGGAAAGAGUUUUGCCAUUUAGACAUUUCAUAAAAUUCCAGAGCUAGUCUUCAGAGAAAAAAAAUCUGUUUUAAUCUUUUUCUUUUUUUUUAUCAUUACGUGCAUUUCCACCACAGGGAAUGAAAACUUUUUUGAGAAGCUCAGCCUGUCUUUCACUAGAGGAAUGAAGUUCAUAGAUUACUUUUCCCCUCAGAAAGUUUUCAUUCAAGACAUACAGCCUAUUAAAGGCUCAGUAACUCUAGGUGUCACUGAUUGAAGAAAAGGCAAACAUCCUGAUGUUUGCAUUUUCUUCAGCAUACUAGGCACUUCUUUGAAAACAGUCACCUCUAAAAAAAUAUGUUACUUUCCUUGUAGUUUGUGACUGAAAUUGAUCAGGAGUUAGUUGGCCAAGAGAUUCCACAACGAAUAGACCAGCAGUUCAGUCUUUGUUUUCCAUUUUGCAGAAGACGGCAUUUCUGUGGAAUUUAAGUUUAUCGCAUGUUUAAUAUGUCACUGGGCUAAUCUAUUAAUUAUUCUUUCAGGGACUUUGGACCUACUUUGAAAAAACAGCUCACAAUGCACCAGAGGACACCUUAAGUUAAGUUAAGGUUCCUGGACAUAAAUACUUUGGAAUUUUAAGUUCCUGAAACCUACAUAAAGACUGAAAGUACAUAAAGACUGAGUUCAGCUUUGGUGGGCAGAGCUAAAAGUCUAACUCUCAUAGCAUUUCCUGUUUCUUUGUUCAUGACUGUAACAGUCAGAUAUUUUGAAAAUGCUUAAGUCUAGAAGUCUAGUUUAGAAGAAAGCAACUAUAAGAACUAGACAACUAAGAUAACCUUGUACAUCAAGAAUGUAACAACCCAUACAGGGUGUUCAACUUACCCUGUGUGUUUAGGCCCUCUUAAAACCAAUCUGUAAAUGGAAGAAACUGAAGCUGUAAUUUGUCAAAAAGGAAAACUCCAUCUUGUUCGAGACAGAUGUAAUGGAGUUGUGGUUGAGGUUGUGGGGUGCAUCAUUCCAUACAAGUUCAAGACCUUUACCGGUUCACCUGACACAAAAAAACAGCAGCCUGCCCUCACAUGACUUUCAUAAUAGGAACAAAGUGAUGGUCAGAUAGUUCAAAAGUCUUCUACACAGACGGGAUUACAACAUCAAAGUUGAAAAUGUGAGUCUGGGUAGAUCCCAGGAGAAACCAACAGUUGACGAAAUAAACUUUACUUCCUGCUCUGCCUUAAUGUAAGCAUGGCUCGAUGAAGCUCCUGGGCAAAAUGUGUUGCUAAGCCCCCAUGUGCCCCCCUGGUUUCAUUAUUUACCUAAAAAGUCCUGAUCAACAAUUACUUUAAAGCCUUUUUGCUGAGAAGCUCAACCUACCUAAAGUAAUUCAAAUUAAUUUUGGAUUAUUAAUAUUAUUAUUAUCAUUAUUAUUAUAGUCUUGGCCUUCAGUUUAACCUUGCCUAUCUGGAGAAAGUGGCCUUGUGGCUCCACCACCUUUAUUUAAAGUGUAAUUUUUGCCUUCAAAUGUCCGUUACCAAAACUCCAAUCUGCUUUUCCAGUAUCACCUUGCAAUAUCGAGUGUAUCACAGAACACAAAGAAUCACACUGAUUUUAUUGUGAUCUUGCACUAGCAUACUGCAGGCAGCAUCUCUGAGCUAAUUCCCUGCUGUUAAAACAUCCAGACUGUUAAAUGUCAUACCACUGAAUGUGUUCAAUGCCUGUUUGCUUUCAGACCACUUUAUAUGCACGUGUACAUACCAAAUAUUUUAAGGCUUUAACUGUACAGUGUUAUGUUAAUACAUAUUGUAAAUAUCUAUGAAUCAAUACUUUCUGUGUCUUAUCUUGUGCUUGAUCACUCCUCCCAUCUUUUGCACUCAGAAUAUUUAUUUCCACAAUUUCCUUUUGUAGUUAGUCAGGUACAAAACAGUGGCCAGUGUCACAGAAGAAAUAAAGUUCACCUUCUGUUAAAAUGGUAAAUCCAAAGCAACUUUAACCUUACUGAUGUGUGGGUAAGUGCUGAAUCCUUGGACAAGCCUUUAUUAUUCUAAGUGUUUGCUGUGUGUCCAUCUAACUGUAUCAGUCUCUUGCAGAUCGUCAGUAGCCUUCUGCCACAGUGCCGCUCAUCAUAUCCUCCCCAGAGCUGAGGGUUUGGGCCUUCUCAGAUCUGAUCAGCAGCAGAGCGUCGACCCUCUGGGAUCUCUCAGCUGAUGCCUGCCUUCAGUGCCUCCUGUCUGGCUUCCCACUAUCCUCUAUCCCUGUAGAACAACUUCUGAUUGCCAUCUCUGACACUGUCAACCCACAAGACCUGUUUAAACAUUUUCUCCAGAGGGUUCACCCACCUGAGAGUUGUCCCUCGAUGCCUCUACAGGGAGUGCCUGGGUCACAUUCUUUUUUUACAAAUUACAAAUAAUACUGUGACAAUUGACUGCCAGCAGAGCCACAUCAACCGAUACAGAAUCACUACUAUAGCACUACUAUACAGAAUCAGCCAGUUUAUGUCUUAACUCAUUUAGUUUGACUAUUUUCACUCAUCAAAAUCAAAAAUGUGUAUUUCUCUCUAUCACUAUGUUAACCUCUGUGUGUCUUUCUUAAAGCAUGUGCAGCUUUAGGCUUCAGCUUUGGGAAGUCUGCUUCUGCAUUAAAAGGAAGAGAAAUACCCUGUAGGAUAAGCACAAAGUGUAACAGUCUAUUUCAAGUACUGAGUGACUGUUAGCAUUGUAUCGAACACUUCCAAAAGCUGACGACACUUUAUCAUUCAACACGUGUUUAGUGAACAGAGCGCUUGGAUGUAACCUCAGCAGCAGUGGUGACACUUCUUUCACGGUGAGAUGGAACUUUUAUCAAUCCACUCACAGCACCUAUUGUACUGCCAAAAGCUGAAGUUAACAGGACUCAAAUGGACAUAAGCUGGAGUGGAGAGAAAUACUGAGCAUUAUUUGAAAACGACAAGUGAUUACAUCAUAGAAGUGCACUCCACUUCAGGCUGUUAUAAAUCGAAACCUCUCAGGUUCAGUUCAGGAUUUACAGAAUCUGGAAGAAAGCUAAUGAUGAGUACAUUUCUGUGCAGGACAAACACAAAGAGGGGGUUUACUCACACCAUGUCUUUAUUGUAAUGUAGCAGUGAAAAAGAAAGGUCAUUUUGUCUGUAAAGAUAUAGAUAGACCCUUUAACUGCAAGUCUGAAUAAUGCAAUGCUUAAGUCAGAAAGAAGAGUGAAAGUGGAUUCAGUUUUAUUUCCAUGAUUCCAUAUGACUGUGCAGUCAGUGUGAUCUUUGUAAAUGUCUUUUUCCUGAUACCAAAUUAACUCACGGAGAGGAGAGGAAUCCGCAAUAAUAAGUAAUAUUGUUGCAGUAUUUGUUUCAGAUAUGUUUCACCUUAACACAUCCCUUUCAAAAAUAAAUUACUCAUACUUG